AUGGGUUCGACUGUAGAAGAUAUAUCUAGUAAUUAUAGUGUAACUGAUAAUUCAGCUGUAACAUCUUCAUCUCCACUAUAUCUGCUUCCUUCUGAUUCACCUGGUACAAUUUUGGUCACCACAACUUUUGAUGGCACUGGCUAUGGAAGUUGGCGUCGAGGAAUGUUAUUAGGACUCUCAUGCAAGAAUAAGCUAGGCCUGAUCAAUGGAACAGUUGUGCGACCUAAUUCCACCUCUCCUUUACUCGAACCUUGGAUUAGGUGUAACGACAUGGUUGUAGCUUGGAUUCUGAAUAGUUUGGAUAGCGAAAUUAGGGAGACUGUGAUGUACACUGAAAGUGCUGAGAAACUUUGGAAGGAGAUUCGGCGCAGAUUUGGUCAAGCUAGUGGAAUUAAGAUUUUUCAGAUUUGUAAGGAAAUUUCCUCGAUUAGCCAAGGUUCAUCAAGCAUUUCAUCAUAUUUUAACAGAAUUAAAAAGUUGUGGGAUGAGCUUUCUUUCUCUGUAUCAUAUCCCGAUUGUGUUUGUGGAUGCAAAGAGACCUACCAAAGGUUAGAUGAAGAACAGAAGGUUCAUCAAUUUCUAAUGGGUUUGAACGAAUCAUAUUCCACUAUUAGGAGGAACAUACUUAUGAUGAAGCCUCUACCUGAUGUGGAUAGUGUGUACUCGAUGCUUGUUAAUGAUGAGAGCCAGUCUAGUGUUCAAGCUAAUGUACCAUCUCUUAAUUCUGAUUCUACUGCUUUCUCUGCUGGUGUUCAGAAGCCAUACUCUCAAAGAGUUAGUUUCGACACUCAAAGAGCUAGUUUUGACCCUUCCAGAAAGAACAAUAUUGUUUGUCGUUAUUGCAAGAAGCCUGGUCAUCAGAUUGAGAAAUGCUACAAGCUUCAUGGUUACCCUUCUGGUUUUCAGACUAAGUUCAAACGGACUGCAGCAUUUGCUCAAGUGUCUGAUACUCCACCUAUUGGACAUCCUGAAAACUCUGCUGGUGAUACCAAAAUAGUUCAAUCUGAUGGUGGAAAUUCUAGUAUAACCAAGGAACAAUUUGAUCAAUUGCUGAUUUUUUUGCAUUCUCGAGCUUCUGGAACAUCACAAGAGAUCUCUGCUGGUUCUGCUAAUUUUGCAGGUUUGAUAGGUAAUCCUGAUUUCAAAUCUUGUGGUCUACUUGCUUGCAAUUUUUCUAGGGUAGAAGAUAACACUUGGAUCAUAGAUUCAGGGGCAACUCAUCACAUGACCCCAAACUCUUAUUUUCUAGUUGACAUUAAACCUCUAGUCUUACCUUAUCUUGUCACUUUACCAAAUGGUUAUAAGGUAAAGGUGACUUGUACAGGUACUCUUACCCUGUCCUCUGAAAUAUCUCUUACUCAUGUUCUCUUAGUGCUUUCCUUCCAGUAUGAUCUCAUUUCUCUUGCUCAACUAAUUUUACAGCUGAAUUGCUUGGCUUAUUUUUCCUCUAUUGCUUGCGUUUUGCAGGGCCCUUCUCUGAAGAAGCCAGUGGGUCUUGGUAGUCUUCAGAAUGGGCUCUACAUUCUCAAUCCUACAAACCUUGUUACUUCUAAGUCUACUUUUCAUUCUUCAUUUGUAAAUACCAUUACUGCCUCCACUUUACAUGAUUUGAAUAAGAGUAGUAGUCCUACUUCUAAUCUUUCAUCUUCUGUAUAUGUGAAUGCUGGUGUUUCUUCUGCUAUUCAAUCUCAUGAGUUGUCUUUUGACCAUUCUUGGCACUUGAGGCUUGGACGCAUGCCCUUUAAUAAAAUGAAGUUCAUUCCAUUCUUGUCUGAUAAACUGCCAAAGAAACAAACAUUCUUGUGUCCUAUUUGCCCCAUGGCUAGACAACAAAGACUUCUAUUUCCUGAAAUCCUCAAACUAUAUAGAGACAAAUUCAAAUCAAGAUCCAUUCCUUCUAUUUUUCUUGGGUACAGUGCUGGCAAGAAGAGUUAUAAACUACUGUCAUUAUCCAAUUCCAGUGUUUUCCACUUCAUGAAUGUUGUUUUUCAUGAAACUGUAUUUCCUUACUCUUCUCCUGAUUCUACUCAUUUGUUUCCUCCUUCUGUUGUUACCCCUUCUUCAGUCCUUUCUUCCUUUCCCACUCUUGUUAGUCAUCCUAAAAAUAGUAGUUCUCCUCCUUUUUCUCCUUUUAACUCUUCUAAUCCUUCUUCAUUGCCUAGUAAUACUGUUAGUCCUUCCUCUCCUUCCCAUGCUCUUUCUCCUGUUCUAAGAAGUUCUAAAGUUCCUUCACCCUCUGAUCUUUGCUUGCAAGAACCACAAUUUUACCAUCAAGCUGCCUCCAAUCCUGCUUGGCAGGAGGCUAUGAUGAAAGAAUUUCAAGCAUUGGAAGCCAACAAUACUUGGGAUAUUCUUCCUUUGCCUCCUGCUUGCAAAUUAAAUAAGUCCCUUUAUGGCCUUAAUCAAGCCUCAAGGCAAUGGUAUGCUAAGCUUUCCUCUACUCUUCAAUCUAAGGGUUUUCAACCUAGCUUGAAUGACUAUUCUCUAUUCAGAAAAUUGAAUGGACCACAUCUCACUGUAGUAGCAGUUUAUGUGGAUGACAUACUGUUGGCUAGGGAUGAUGUGUCUGAGUUGAAUAAUUUGAAAGCAUUCUUAGAUGCUCAGUUUAAGAUCAAGGAUCUUGGUGAGGUUCAUUACUUCCUUGGGCUUGAGAUUGUUAAAUUGCCUCAAGGAUACUUGAUCUGUCAAAAUAAUUACACCUGUGGUAGCCCCUUAGACUCCCAUGUCAAGUUGUCAUCUGAGGUUGGGGAUUUACUAUCUGAUCCAUUUGUUUAUGGAAAAUUGGAUGCUUAUCAUGUUCUUAGAUAUGUCGACGGCACCUCUGAUUUGGGUAUUCUACUUUCUAGCACUCCUGACUUUUCUUUGCAUGGUUUUUGUGACUCUGACUGGGCUAGUUGUGCUGAUAGUAGAAAGUGUGUUUCUGGUUUUGUGUUGUUCCUUGGAGGCUGCCCAGUUUCUUGGAAGUCCAUGAAGCAGCCUACUCUUGCUUUGUCCUCUACUGAAGCAGAGUAUAGAGCUCUUUGUUUGUUGGUAGCUGAAGUUACUUGGAUUGUUCGAUUGUUGGGUGAGCUGGGUGUGGAUAAUCUCAGCCUUGUUGCUCUGCUUUUCUUCCCAAGCUUGGAAUGGCCAACCCUUCCAGCUUGCGGGGGAGGUGUUGGAGCUGAAGUUAGUAGUGUUAAACUAUCUGAAUUGCUGCCUUGCUGUCAGUAUGAAUGGUCACUAGAAGAGCAAUUUGCACUCCAAUAUCUUUAA